GUGACAGAGACACGAUAAUUCAAGACCAAAAAUUAAUAAUUCUAUCAAAUAAAUCGUACAAUCGUUAAUAAACUACACAGCGAGAAUAAACAAUUUUUAAAUGUUAUUUUUUAAAUUGAAAAUGCUCUCGAUAACACUGCAACUGAUUUUACUUUCAAUUUUGAGUACCGUUUCGUGUUUAUCUUGGCACAAUCAUCAGCAAAGCAGGGAAGAUAGUUCAGAGAAAACCAAUGUACACGCAAUACCGCUUGGUUCGGAAGCUAUGUUUCAUUGGAGGGUUGAUUUUAUGAGCGAAUUGAUAGUCGCGGAAGUUCACUACAUAGGCGUCGACAAUACCUGGUUUGCUAUUGGUUUCUCUAAUUAUGGAGAAGUACAACCCGCCGAUUAUUGUGUCCUUUGGAUCGAUUGGCAUCGUCAAAUCCAGUUGCAGGAUGCAUGGGCGGACGACGAGGGAAGAUUGAACCUCGAUUCGCAACAGGACUGCGAGAAUUUCGCGUGGAGAAGGAGAGGAAACGUAACGAAGUUCACUUUCUCUAGAAAAUUUGAUACUUGCGAUGAAAAUGAUUAUAUCAUGGAGAGAGGUACCACUCACUUGGUGUGGCUCAAAGGACUUGGGCCAUUGUCGUCUCUGGCUGGUCUGCAAAUUUCGGACGCGGAAGUCACCGGUAUGUCGCGAACGGAGCUGGUCAGAGUGCUCCACAGAAAGCCAACAUUUCCUUCAAAUGCUUGGCACUUGGAAAUGUUGGCGCAUCGAGUAAAGGUACCGAACAAGGAAACGACUUAUUGGUGCCGCGUACAAAAAUUGCCGUCAAUUUUGUCUCAAAAGCAUCACAUUCUUCAGUUUGGUCCAGUCAUUCAAGCAGGUAAUGAACAUCUGGUUCAUCAUAUGGAAAUCUUCCAUUGUGCUGGUCCCGUGGAACUCGAAAUCCCUAUGUACGAUGGUCCUUGCGAUGGAGCUGACAGACCGGAAAAGACCCAAAUUUGUAAAAAGGUCUUGGCAGCAUGGGCAAUGGGAGCGGAUGCAUUCGUCUACCCCGAGGAAGCUGGCCUCUCGAUCGGUGGUAACGAUUUCAAUCCUUACGUUAUGUUGGAGGUCCAUUACAACAAUCCCGAGCUUCAGGAUGGGAAUAUCGAUUCUUCGGGGAUCCGUUUCAUCCUCACGAAGAGUCUCCGUAAAUACGAUGCCGGCGUGAUCGAGUUAGGGCUAGAAUAUACAGAUAAAAUGGCAAUACCGCCUCAGCAAGAAGCUUUCACUUUGUCGGGGCAUUGCAUACAGGAGUGUACGGGAGUUGGUCUUCCUCAACAUGGCAUUCAUAUUUUCGCGUCUCAGCUUCACACGCACCUGACAGGCAUAAAAGUUAUCACUCGUCACGUUAGAGACGGUGAAGAGUUGCCUAUGUUGAACUACGAUAAUCAUUACUCCACUCACUUCCAAGAAAUCAGACUCUUACCGAAACAUGUCACCGUCUUGCCUGGCGAUUCUUUAAUAACAACUUGCACGUACAAUACGAUGGAUAGGAAAAAUAUUACCCUCGGAGGAUUCGCCAUUUCCGAUGAAAUGUGCGUGAAUUACAUACAUUAUUACCCCAACGCUCGUUUAGAGGUUUGCAAGAGCGCUAUAAGUGACGAUGCUUUGAGAACGUAUUUUCGGUACAUGAGAGAAUGGGAAAAUCAACCGACCAGCAACGAUAAGGGAAUUUCCUCGAAUUACGAAAGUAUAGAAUGGACCAAAAUUCGCGUGCAAGCUCUUUACGAUCUCUACGAAGCUGCACCAUUAGGAAUGCAAUGCAACGGUUCGGACGGGUCUCGACUUCCGGGGCUUUGGGACAACAUAGCUGCUUCUCCAGUUAAACUGCCAUUACCUCCGCCGGCUCGAAGUUGUCCUGAUUCGUCGCUUAAACAAGACACAAUAAAUUCAAUUUGA